AUAUUAAUAAAUCAUAAAUGAUAUUUUAAUUAAAUAAUUUAAUAAUUUAUUAGGAUAAUCAUAUCAGCUGUUGAUACUAAUUACUUACUAAAUACUUUUUGGUAAAAUAAAAAUUUAAGACGUAUUUCAAUAUUAUUUAAUAUAAUUAUUAUUAUCGCUUUUUAAAUUAAUUUAUAAAUUAUGAAUCCAAAAACGGUAGUUGUCACAGGUUUUGGAAUUUUUCGAGACUAUAAAGUAAAUGCAAGUUGGGAGGUUGCUCGAGUAUUACCUGAAACUGGCAUUACUGAUGAAUUAAAUAUAAAUUUGGUCACAGUCAAUAUUCCCGUGUCAUACAAAGAUGUUGAUCAGAUUGUGCCGGCACUCUGGGUCCAACAUGAACCUGCUCUAAUGGUUCAUUUGGGUGUAUCACACUUGGCUAAAACAUUGACUGUUGAGUUAGUUGCUAAUGGGCAUGGUUAUUGUAGUAUGGAUAUAUACGGAAAUGGUCCUGAUGAUAAGUGUUUGGUUAAUAAUGUAAUCGAAACGGGCUUGAAAAUGGAAUGCACUGAUGAAUUAGAUAUUUGCACAUCUCGAGAUGCUGGAAGGUAUUUAUGGACCAAGAGCAUUUACAGUUUUUCUAUAUUUUCAUUCAUAUUAUGUAUAUUAUACAGGUAUUUGUGCGAAUACAUUUAUUUUAAAUCUCUAUGUAUUAAUAAAAAUCAAACUAUAUUUAUUCAUGUACCACAAUUGGAUCAAGAUAACACAGUUCAUAAACUAGCAGAAAAACUUAAAUAUGUUAUUAAAAAAUUACUAGAACAAAUUACAGAAUGAUUUGAUAAAAUACCAAAUCAGUAAUUUAAUAUUUAUAUAUCUAAUUUGUGAUAAUUGUUCCAUUAUUAUACUUUACAUUUUAUAUUGUUAUAUUUUUAUACAAUCAAGUUACAGAAUGAUUUGAUAAAAUACCAAUUCAGUAAUUUAAUAUUUAUAUAUCUAAUUAGUGAUAACUGUUCCGUUAUUAUACUUUAAAUUUUAUAUUGUUAUAUUUUUAUCUUGAUGGUUUUUUUCAAUUUUAACUAUAUGCAAACAAAAAUUAUUUUUUAUAAUUAAUGGUUGUACAAAUUUAUUAUAUUGUGGUAUAAAUCAAAUUAUUUAUAAGCAUUUAAAUAAUCAAUCUAAUAUGUAGGUAUACAUUAGAAUAUAUAUAUUUACAAAUGAUUAAUUUAUUUGUAUAGUUAUUUAUUUGUAAGAUUAUUGAUUGUUAUGUGAUGUUAAUGAGUACAAAUUUUAAUUUUAAUUUAUACUUAUUAUCACAAUUAAGAGUGCGCUUACUAGUAUUUAUCUUACUACAAGGUAUGAGAAAAAACCGUUUAAUUUAAAAAGUUAAGAUUUUAUUUUAUUAUUUGAUUAAUGAAUGAUGUACCAAUUUACUUGUAAAAUUUUUAAAUAAAUAUAUGAUUUAACUUGA